AUGUAUAAAAGAACAAAUGCAAAUCUCUCCCGCUGUGAGUCAUGGUGCCAAACGGCGGGAAAUCAGACAAUCUCCCUCCUCGAAAACCCUAAAAAAUUCAUAUGUGCAGACGGGAAAACAAACAGUGACGGGCGACAGGUUGCAAUUUAUCUCGCCAUGGCCGAUGCCGCAUUGCCUUCAUCUGCUGAUUUAUCCGUCCCGAAGCUGAACCCGGCAUUGGACGAGCGCGAAGAGGAUGAAUUUCAGAGAGGCAAUGCUCCCCUCAAGUACAUCUCGCUCUGCGAUGUGUACUCCGCCACCUCUCCUUGCGUCACCUCUAGGGGAUCCAAAAAGGUGAAGGCUGCUGCUCGCAAACCGCCCCAGAUGAAUGGCCACGACCAGUUCAAACAGCCGCACCCGAUCGCGGUGAACCCUACACUGACUCAUGUUUACUUCAGGCGGCGGACGAGAAAAGAGAGAGAACCCUCUUUCUUCGAGAGUUUUGUCCACAAGCUGGAAGAACUGGAGGCUGAUGGCGGAGAACAUCUGGAAAGACGGAUUAAGCGGAGGAAGAUGGGAAGUGAUGUAGGGUUGGGUGAUAGAUCAGACAACAUUACUCGGAACGAUGUUGGUGAAAGUAACAUCUCCUUGAGUGAUAGCACGGAGAAAAAUAUUUCUAGCAUUGUUCGCAAAAAUAAGAACACUGUUAGCAAAAUCAGUCAUUGCGAGAACAGGAAACGGAAAAACGAUGUUUCGGAAUCUGAUUUGGAAAAUUCUAUGGCGACUGGGACGAAGAACUGGGUCUGGUUGAGCUUUGAGGGUGUUCAUCCAGAGAAAUUUAUUGGGCUACACUGCAAGGUAUAUUGGCCACUCGAUGCAAGUUGGUAUUCUGGCCAUAUAGUUGGUUACAAUCCCGAGACUGGCCGACACCAUGUGAAGUACGAGGAUGAAGAGGAAGAAAAUCUGAUUUUAUCAAAUGAACGAAUAAAGUUUCACGUCUCUUUUGAGGACACACAGAGACUAAAGCUGAAAUCCCAUAACAAGAAGCCAGAUUCUGAUGGGAUUGAUGUGGAUGAGAUGAUGGCAUUAGCAGCUAGCCUGGAUGACUGCCAGGAGAUUGAAAUUGGGGACGUUAUUUGGGCUAAACUCACUGGGCAUGCUGUAUGGCCAGCAAUUGUGUUGGAUGAAUCUCAGGUCGGUCAACACAAGGGUUUAAAGAAACUUUCUAGUGAAAAAUCGGUCCUUGUACAAUUCUUUGGUACCCACGAUUUUGCUAGGUAUCAUUAUCGUUUUGUUUAUGAUUUGUUCCCUAGUGUAGACUCCUGGGACAGUUACUGGAAUAUUGAAAUCUGGGUGGAUAUUGAUGAGACAUAUUAUAUCGGUGAUGCGGAAACAAGUUAUUUCUUUCCUGAAGGGCCUCGUUUCAUCUUUUCAUUCAAAGUGCAAGAAGCCAACAUUUGUUCGAGGAUUAGAAGAAGCAAAAAUCUGCUGCUUAUUGAGCUAUCUGUUUGCCGAUCAUUUUCCUUCUGUCCCCACUCCAAGGAUAUGUUUCUUACUGAACAUAGGCUCCCGAAAAGAAUGCUUCAGCUGCGAGAUGGCGUUGAUACUGAUAUGGAUAAUGGUAAAAGUGUAGAUGCUGAAGAUAAUGAGGGUUCAGGUGAUGACGAAUGCAUGAGCCAUGAAGAAAUAAGCAAGAAACUUCUUGAUCUAAAAAGCUGCCCCUUGGAAGAUGGAGAGUUGCAUAUAAUAAGCCUUGGAAAAAUUGUCAAGGACACCUGUAAUUUCCAAGAUGAGAAAUUAAAAUGGCCUGAGGGAUAUACUGCUGUGAGGAUGUUUCCUUCGAUAACAGAUCCAAGCGUUAAUGCUUUAUAUAAGAUGGAAGUACUAAGAGAUGUUGACUUAAGGUUAAGGCCUCUCUUUAGAGUUACGGCAGAUAAUGGAGAAGAGUUCACUGGCCCAACCCCAUCUACUUGCUGGAACAACAUAUACAAAAGGAUCAGGACAUCACAAAUCAGAAAUCGAGACUAUAAAGCAGAUCAAAGUUUUGCGUCUGGCUCUUUUAUGUUUGGUUUUUCUCAUUCAAAAGUUUCCAAACUCAUAAAGCCUUCUAACGUGAAAUAUUUGCUUCAGGAGUACGAGAAUAAUCUGUUUCUUCAGUGUGAUAAAUGCAGGAUGAUGGUUCAUGCUAGAUGUUAUGGAGAACUUGAGCCUACUGGUGGCAUUCUUUGGUUAUGCAACUUAUGUCGUCCUGGAGCUCCUGAAUCUCCUCCUCGAUGCUGCCUGUGUCCUAUAGUAGGAGGUGCUAUGAAGCCCACUACUGAUGGGCGCUGGGCUCAUCUUGCUUGUGCCAUAUGGAUUCCAGAAACCUGUUUAUUUGAUGUGAAGAAGAUGGAGCCUAUUGAUGGGCUUUCUAGAAUCAACAAGUGCUCAAACAAUAAUUGCCGCGUGGCAUAUCAUCCUCUCUGUGCUCGUGUUGCUGGCUUUUGCCUUGAGCCCGAGGAUAAGGAUAGACUGCAUUUGAUUCCUUUUGACGAGGAUGAGGAGGAUCAGUGCAUUCAACUACUCUCUUUCUGCAAGAAGCAUAGGCCCUCAUCUAAUGAACGUUUGCCUUUUGAUGAACAAUUUGGACAAAAAACCAGUGAAAAAGUAGAAUUUAUCCCACCGAUAAAUCUCUCUGGUUGUGCUCGUACUGAGCCUCUUAUAUUUUCCAAAAGGCGGGGAAGAUACGAUCCUGAGGUCCCUUCUGCUUCUUUCAAGCGCUUGUAUGUGGAGAAUCAGCUGUACCUGAUUGGUGGGUGCAGCCCUCGUAUGCCAUUAUGGAAUGCAACGUCCUCCGACAAAUUCGGUGGUUCUAAAUACUCUACUCACCUUCAGAAGCUACAAAUUUUGCAACUCGAACCAUCUGGAAAGAUUCUUUCUCUGGCCGACAAGUACAACUAUAUGAGAGAUACUUUCCGAAAGAGACUGGCAAUUGGAAAGUCUGGAAUACAUGGUUUUGGUGUCUUCACCAAAGUUCCACAUCGAGCUGGAGACAUGGUAAUUGAAUAUAUUGGAGAAAUCAUUCGGGCUCCAGUAGCUGACAGGAGAGAGCAUUUGAUAUACAAUUCAUUAGUGGGAGCGGGAACAUAUAUGUUUCGAAUUGAUGAUGAGCGUGUUAUAGACGCGACCCGGGCUGGAAGCAUAGCACAUUUGAUUAACCAUUCAUGUGAACCAAAUUGCUAUUCAAGAGUGAUUCUUGUCAACGGUGACGAUCACAUAAUCAUUUUUGCUAAACGAGAUAUUAAACAGUGGGAAGAACUGACUUAUGACUACAGGUUCUUGUCAACUGAUGAACGGCUAGUUUGCAGCUGUGGAUCUUCUAGAUGUCGAGUGAAUUGCAAGACUGGCAAGGAGAAUAACAGAGGUACAUUAGAUUUUCCCAGUAAUAUGAGAAAUGCAUUUUGUUGGCGAAUUUGUGGAGAGGCUAAUAAUAUCAUGUACUUGUACUCCGGUGAACAUUGUUUAGCACUUAUUCAGAAGGGCGAAGGAACGACCUAUUAUUUUCUCUUGUCUAAUUCGCAUCAUAUAUUGGAAACUAUGUACAGGACCAAUAAGGAUUUGCAAUUUGUUCUGUAGAAAAAGGAGGGGGAAAAAAAAAGGUAAAAUGUACCCUUGUAUGAGAUUGUGACAUUUAGAACUGGCAGAAAUGCAUCGAGGUGUGUAACUAUUUUAAUAUUUUUUUUAUUUAGAAAGGAAAACCACAGUUGGAGGGGGAAAAAAAAAGGUAAAAUGUACCCUUGUAUGAGAUUGUGACAUUUAGAACUGGCAGAAAUGCAUCGAGGUGUGUAACUAUUUUAAUAUUUUUUUUAUUUAGAAAGGAAAACCACAGUUGGGCAUCUUUUUUUGCCCAUUUCCAACUUCUACGAUUGGCUAAUGUAUCAAAAUGAUUAAUGUAGUUGCUAUUUCUUACGACUAGGAAGACUAGGAAAG